GAUGAUGGAAACGUCAUGCAGACUCUGGAAAAAAGAUGAGGUUGAAAGUCAAGAAGAAGAAGACAGCUUGGGAAAUGAAACUUGUGACAAACCUACAAAACAUCAAAGUACCAUUGCAGAACGCUUGCGUGUGAAAUCCGAAGAUAAAGUACAAGUAGUAGAACUUGUCGAUGUGUCUACUGAGCCACUUCAAUGUGUAUCCAUUGCUCUAAAGGAUGAGGAGGGGGAAGAAGAGGAGGAGGAAGAAGAGGAAGAGGAGGAAGAAGAUGAGGAUGAGGACGAUGAA